AUGCUAGGCAUGGACAUCACCACUUAUUCUUCCCUGGUCAUUGCGAUCGGUGGGCUUGUUUAUGGUGUUGACACAGGUAUCGUCGCGACCACCAUCGCCCAUGAUUCCUUCAAAACAUACAUGUACGGGUCCCUUGAUCCGAGGCCCCAACUCACUGGUGCCAUCGUCUCAACCUAUUAUGCUGGCAACUGCAUCGGCUCUCUUACAUCUGGUGCCAUCAUGGACAAAUGGGGUCGCAAGAUUCUUGUCAUGCUUGCCACACUUUGA